AUGGCGUCAACGAACGGCAACAAACAUAAGCCAACUGACGAAACUCAACCAGUACUUCCCGUUCCACCAACUGUUGUUCAUUUACGUCGUGCGAAAGGCAAAGUUGUGCAAGAUUGCGAUGUCUAUAUUGCACGUGCUUGUAACAUGGGAGGCUGGAAUCUUCCGCAAAAAAAAUUUAGAAAACAUAUCGAAUCGAAUGAAAAUAAUCUUCUCAAUGAUCUUCAUGAGCUCGAGGGAAAACGAUUAGGUUGUUGGUGUAAACCGAAACCAUGCCAUGGUGACAUUCUUUGUGAACUAUUCAAACGAGAGAUUCAACAAUCGGCGAAAAAAAUCUCAGAAUAA